AUGGCUAGCAACAGCAAAAUGGUGGUAAACGAGCGUUCCCGCGCAGAGAUAGUACACGGUUCAGAAAACUGCUACAACCAUUCCAUCCAACUCUUGGAAGAGCUGGGAUUUCCAAAAGGUGUUCUCCCCUUAAAGGAUCUUGUAGAAUGUGGAAGAGUUAGAGAAAGUGGUUUUGUGUGGAUGAAACAAAAGGCACCAAGUGAACAUUACUUCGAAGGGACAAAGACUCUUGUGAGCUAUGGAAUUGAAGUCACUGCUUAUGUGGAGAAAUUCAAGAUGAAGAAAAUGAGUGGAAUUAAGAGUAAGCAAAUGUUUGUUUGGGUGCCUAUAAGUGAAAUGAGUGUUGAUGGUUUUAAUGGAGAGAAGAUGUAUUUUAAAACUCCUUUGGGGAUUGGUAAGUCUUUUCAUGUUACUUCUUUUAUGAGUGUUGAGGAAAAGGAAAACUAUAAAAAUAAGGAGGUGGAGAUUAUAGAAGAUUAA